AUGAGUACCAGGUUCUACGACAUACCAGGAUCUCACAAGCCUCCAGCCAGCAGUUCACAGAACGAAACCAGCAGUCUACUACCUACCAAGAGGACAAGCUUAACUUAUUUCAGUUAUCAGGAGACACCAGAGCUACGAAAGACAUCGUCCAAAUAUGAUCCAAAUAAUCCGAAUAAGGACAAACUGGGAACCUUUGAUGGGGUUUUCGUCCCAACUUCGCUCAACGUUUUGUCCAUUUUGAUGUUCUUGCGGUUUGGUUUUAUAUUGGGUCAACUUGGGUUCAUCUGCACACUGGGCUUGCUUGUGUUGAGCUAUCUUAUCAACUUGCUAACGACGUUGAGUGUUUCAGCCAUCUCCACAAAUGGUACUGUGAGAGGAGGUGGAGCCUACUACAUGAUAUCAAGAAGUCUGGGCCCAGAGUUCGGCGGCUCUAUUGGGAUAGUAUUCUUUCUAGGUCAGGUUUUCAACAGUGGUAUGAAUGCCAUAGGUAUAGUAGAACCUUUGCUAUACAAUUUUGGUAUAUCCGAGGACCCGGAGGUGAAGGCUGCCUUGAUUGAUCUGCUUCCCGCUGGUCGCUGGCACGAAUUCCUAUAUGCUACAAUCAUCUUACUGCUAUGUAUCAGUAUUGCAUUGGUCGGCUCGCAAAUGGUGUCAAGAGCAGGCAAUAUUCUUUUUUGGGUCCUGGCACUGUCUACCAUAUCAAUACCAAUAUCAACCUUGAUAAAAAGGCCGUUCAGUGAAGGCAAUAUAAUCUACACAGGGAUCUCCUGGGAGACGUUCAGAGGGAAUUUACUCCCCCAUCUAACGAAAGGUGCUGCUGGAUCGAUGAUGAAGAAAAGGGAGACCUUCAACGACUUGUUCGGAAUCCUUUUCCCUGCCACAGCAGGUAUAUUCGCUGGCGCGGGUAUGUCAAGCGAAUUGCGGAAACCGUCAAGGUCUAUACCGAAAGGUACGUUAUGGGGACUGCUUUUCACCUUUACCUGUUACGCGAUGGUGGUUUUAUCAAUGAGUUGCAGCACACCUCGUGAGACCUUAUACAACGAGGUGCAAGUCGUCCAAUCCAUCAGCGCAGCUCAGAUAAUCAUUUUGCUUGGUGAGCUUUCGACUUCGCUGUUCUCCAUUAUUGUCGGUAUGGUUGGCGCUGCGUAUGUUUUAGAGGCUAUCGCAAAAGACUGCAUUGUACCAGGUCUUGCCAUUUUUUACCAAAAGCCGCUAGCGUCUUUAUUGCUCACCUGGUUCCUUACGCAAAUGUGUCUCUUCUCAGAUGUUAACAAAAUAGCGACGUUCAUCACAAUGACCUUCCUAAUGACAUUCGCUGUCAUGAAUCUCGCUUGUUUCUUCCUUGUCAUUUCGUCCGCUCCCAACUUCAGACCCUCAUUCAAAUAUUUUGGUCGCUACACAGCUAUAUCAGGCGCAUUUCUUUCGACAGUUGCGAUGUUUGUGGUCGAUGGGAUAUCUGCUUCCAUUGUUAUCUUGGCCAUGGUUCUUCUCUUUCUGUUCAUUCAUUAUUAUUCGCCACCAAAACCAUGGGGAGAUGUCUCUCAGAAUCUGAUCUAUCAUCAAGUGAGAAAGUAUCUGUUGAGACUGAAGCAAGACAACAUCAAAUAUUGGAGACCUCAAAUUCUUUUACUGGUUGACAAUCCACGAACCAGCUGGAACUUGAUACGUUUCUGUAAUAAUUUGAAGAAAGGAGGAUUAUACAUACUGGGUCACGUCACUGUCAGUGCAGACUUCCAAGAGCAAUUCAACGAGUUGAAGAAGCAAAAGCGAGCUUGGAUGAAGAUAAGAGAUAUGGCUAAGAUUAAAGCAUUCGUACAGAUCGGAACUGGCCCAACGUUGGCAUGGGGAAUUAGGAAUGUUUUUCUGGGUUCCGGACUUGGUGGAAUGAAGCCUAAUAUCACAGUUUUGGGAUUUUUUGACUUGCAACAUUAUUAUCGGGAGCGCCGCCAAGGCGUCAAUCGCAAUGGCACUGAACUCCCACGUCAGGAUUCCGGGAAAUCUACUGUUGCGCACUUAGGUUACCCUUUGCCUACUGAUGAAUGCAAGAAUGAAGAUAAGAUCAAAAUUCAGCAAUGGGUGCAGAUAGUCGAAGACUUAUCACUCAUGCAAUCAAAUAUAGCCAUAGCCCACGGUUUCAGAAAACUGAACCUUCCAGAUAAGCAUGAUAGAUUUGUUGCCAAGAAGAACAUAGACCUCUACCCUAUUCAGAUGUGUGCUCAAAUGAAGACUCACAGAGAUUCGCCAUCCACCAUAACAACAAACUUUGAUACUUACACUUUGAUUCUUCAACUUGGUGCAAUUUUAGUCACUGUACCGCAAUGGAAGCAUACUCAUACUUUGCGGGUCAUUUUAUUUGUGGAAAACGAAUUAGAUAGAUCAGACGAAAGUAGGAGGAUGAAAGAACUACUAAGCGUUUUAAGAAUCGAGGCGGAAGUAAUCGUUGUGUCGCUUGAUCAAUUUAGAGUUUACAAUACAAUAGUUAAAGGCGAUCCAAUCAAUCUCAAAUAUGUUAACUCCAAACUGGCUGAUGAUCCAUGGUGGAAGGAUCUACAAGAAGCUAGAGAAACAAUGAAACCUAAGCGCCGCUUUUCGAUGGUCAAUCCUGUUCAGGUGAAGUCUAAUGAAAUAAAAAGUGACAAAUAUAAUGUAUCCAAACUUCAGAGACUCGGAGUUUCAAUGAGCAUGAGUACUUCUAUGCCGCUCGCGGGCUCUGUCUCAAGUUCUGAUUCUGAGGACGAGACAGACGUGGCAUCUAUCCGAGACUCCACACAAUCCAUUCCAUCGGUUGUACAAAGGCUUAAUUAUGAAGGAAGCAGGCGGCGGAACCUGGCCAACAAGAGUUCAGCUUCGCUGCACAAGAGAUAUGAAGGGCAUGGCAAUCCUCAAGCCGCUGGGCCGGUUUUCUCUAGCGAUAAGUUGCCCAGUACAAAGGUUCUUGAAGAUGAGAGCGGAGACAAGCCAACUUUGAUCCCCAUAGCAGAUGAAAACCACCCAGCAGAAAGCCAGUCAAAUUCUGCACGAAACCCAGUUCUUCCAGAACUAUCGCCAUGCUGUUCAAAGGAGAGUCUUGUGCUGGAGAUGCAAAAUCUAGUCUUUAACGAUUUGCCAGGCAAAGCUCAGCAUUUAAUUCUGAAUGAUGUCAUGACACAACUCUCUGCGCAUUCCGACUUACUCUUUUCGACUUUGCCAAUCCCAGCACUUGGCACACAUGAGGACCCGACCGCCAGUUUACUAUAUGUGGAGGAUCUUAACAUUUGGCUGGAAGGGCUGCCGCCCACCAUGUUGAUCAAUUCACAAACAAUGACAGUGACCACGGCUUUGUAG